AUGUUCUCUCGAAUCGAACAAGCUUUGAUUGAUCGCGGUCACGCUAAGAAGGCUUACCAUACACAGAACGCGGUCAAGAUUGUCGAAUUCUUUUACCGUUUCAGAUGGUUUCAAACAUUGUGGAUUGACGAAAUUCUCAAGUUGGAGUUCCAAGCCAUGGCUCUAAUGCAAGCCGAAGUUGCCGAUGCCGACAUCGUCCACAGUCUCGAGAAACGUAAAAAAGUCACCGGAAACCUGACGAAAGAUGAAGAGGAAACUAUUGAGGGGGCUCAAAAACGACUGUCGGGGUACAAUAAAGUCUGGUGGCACUGGGUGGCUGUUGCGCAUACGAUUGUGGAUGUUGUUACCGGGACAGAGGCUCCUUCAGAAGGCCUGGUGUGGUGCUGA